GAGAUUGCAACCCCGAAACUCCUAUGUGAAUUUCUACUUGUUGGAAAAAAGAGUUUGCAGUUGUCGUGGCGGAGCCAGCGCAGAUGAAUAGGCCACGUGGCAAACCGGGUGUUCGGUGAUGUAGACGUUUGUUCCUCGGUUUCAUUUUUCAGUUACACGUUCUAGACAGAAGAUCGAAAAAAUCUCGUUUUGGCUGUGCUAUUUCAUCUGUCAGAGAUCUCCUGUGUUUGCGUCUGCCCCAUCUUGCUUUAUCGUCGGUUACUCCACCACUGCUCCCCUGUCACUCUAUCGUUGGUCAACAUCACAGUAUGCAAAUGUGCUAACCACUACCACACAAGACAAAACUCUGAUAAAAUUAAAAUCAACACAAAUACUAGCACAUCAACAUCAUGCUCGCUCUCUCGCGGCAGCUUUACGGUGGACUUUGCUUGACUUCGAUGGUCAAAUGCGCAGACAAUUGUGGAAUUGUCAAGGCGCGAAUAUCGGCAGUCGGGGUAAAAUUUUUUUUGUAAAAGCUGUGUAGCCGUUUUUAUUUUUUCUGAGUCAGGUGCAUUUGAUUAUGAUUUUGAUAUUGAUUCUGACCCCGAAUUCUUGCUUGCUCAGCGUGCUGUCAUUGCGAUGACAGGGAGCUUUCGACUUGCCUGUAUCAGUUUGUGCCUUUCUUUCGACAAAACAGCGGCAGAAAAAGGGGAAUGGGGCGAUGGGGCAGCGGUGCGCCUGUCACGUGCGCGACAAGAACGAAGCCUACUGGGGACCGCGCAAGGUCAAGGGGUUGAUUGUGCGACGACGCGCACCCUCGAUGCGAAAAGAUGGAUCAGUCAUUUCUUUUGACGACAAUGCAAUCGUGAUCAUCAAGAAGAAUAAGUGCCUGGGGACCAAAAUAAAAGGUCCCGUAGGCUACGAAACUCGCCACACUUGCAAGUCUCUCGCGAGAUGGAUCUUUUGAAUAAUUGCUCAACUACAUCUACUUGCAGAUCAGUAUAUGUACAACAGACGGACAAAACUUCAUUUUGUCACGAUCAUGACGAAGAUUAACGAACACGAAAUAAGUGCUUGAUUUUGAGAAAUUGAACGUUGGACAAAUAGUUUGUUCAGCUCGUACCCAGUGUCAAUGCAAGCAACAUGCCGCCGAGGUCUAUGCUAUUCAGGCGACCUAGAUUUUCAUUUUCUUUAUCGGCUGGUUCGCUGCACAGUAUUGGUUUAGCUCCGGUUGAUCAUGCAUCCGUAUUUAGGAUCCACGUCGACGCUAUCACCACCUAACUUUUGUUCACAAUCGCCUGCUCCUAGGACUGGAAGAUGGAAAUGCCAAUCUAAACUUGGAUGAACUGCCUAGACUGCCAUCUUAGAUAGAACGAUUCUGACAACAACAGCAGUCAGAUACCGGCAGUGACUCGCCUGUUGUGACAACACACCAUCAACAGGAGCGCUUGCAUGUGUGCUGUUUCAUAGCUGUCAAGUUUUUCAUAUAUGAUCCCGCGUCAGUAAAUG